GCUGGAGCUGCCGCAGCUGCACACACACACAUCAAAGGCUCUUCAGCUCCUCUUCUUUCACCGCAGCUCUCACCGACGGCAGGUCUUACUGGAUGGUGGAGCCUUUUCUUCGUUUGUCUUUUUUAUUUUACGCACGGCAGGAUCGGUGUCCGGGCUGCGUAAACGGGACAUUUAACGGGACAUACUGUGAAUUUGACCAGUCCACGUCGAGCCGCGUCGAGAUGAUGCACUGAGGAGAAAACAGCACAGGCUCCCCCGGUUGUGUUCAUCCUGAGGCUGCAGUGAACGGAGGGGGGAUUGCGGUAUAACAAGGUUAAUAAUCAGCAUCAAUAAAGGUCGUCUCUGUGAGCGGGAACCGACUCCAAAGGGUGAAUCUCGCCCCUGUGCGGGGGGAUCGGCGGAGAAAUAUAAUUCUAUAAAAAAUUAUGGCCACCCUACUGCGGAAGAUCGGUCUGAUCCGUCUGCACGACCGAGACACUGAGGACCCAAAGCACCACCAGGGCUCGUUAAAGGGGACCAAAGGGAACCAGAAAAACAACGCCAACAAACACUGUCAGACCGCCAACGAAACCAACAUCCUGAGCACCCCGGAGAUUAAGGCGAGGAAGCUGGACCAGCACGGCAAGGACAAGCCGACCGGCAAGGAUAAGCAGGGAAAGGAUGCGAAGGAGAAGCAGCAGACGGGAGGAGGCGGGAGUAAAGCGACCAGUGCCUCCUCGAUACCACCGCUGGCGCCUCACCGGCAACACUGCACCCAGGUCCGGACGCGAAGGUUGAUGAAGGAGCUACAGGAGAUCAGGAGGUUAGGGGACAACUUCAUCACGGUGGAGCUGGUGGAGGACAACCUGUAUGACUGGAACGUCAAGCUGCACCAGGUGGACAAGGACUCGGCGCUGUGGCAGGACAUGAAGGAGACCAGCACCGAGUUCAUACUGCUCAACGUCACCUUUCCUGAUAAUUUCCCCUUCUCGCCGCCGUUCAUGCGGGUCCUGACGCCCCGGUUGGAGAACGGCUACGUGCUGGACGGCGGGGCCAUAUGCAUGGAGCUGUUGACCCCCCGCGGAUGGUCCAGCGCCUACACGGUGGAGGCGGUCAUGAGGCAGUUUGCUGCCAGCCUCGUAAAAGGACAGGGCCGUAUAUGUAGGAAAGCAGGGAAGUCCAAGAAAGCUUUCAGUCGUAAGGAAGCCGAGGCCACCUUCAAGUCCCUGGUGAAGACCCACGAGAAGUACGGCUGGGUGUCCCCGCCUGUGUCCGACGGCUGAGCGCCCGGCCGCCAAACCUCCGACCCCCGCGCUAGCCGGACCAACCCAGCUAGCCCCGACACGCAAAACGACACACCACGCUAACUCAACCAUCUCUCAUCUUCACCUUUUUGCUGUUUCACUCAAGAUUCUUUUCUUGGUUUUGUGUGUCUCUGUUUUUUUUUUUGUUUGUUUUUCGUCAUCAUCUUCCCCCCGAAACCGUCGGAGAGCUGACAUGCAGUCAUCAUCGUCAUCCCUCCUCCACCAAGAAGCGACUUUUUGGUUCACCUCCCUCCGGCCCAGGGAUUCAUUUCCCCGGUUUCAGAAAGGCCUGAGAGGGAGGUGCGUGUGUGUUUAUGUGUAUGUGUGUGUGUCACUCCAUUGGUCAUCAGCUGGGAGUGUGUGCACGUGCAUCGGAGUGUGCGUUACUGUCGGUGGAUUUCUUUAUUGUUCUUUUUUUUUUUUUUUCCUCCCCUUCGUCCCCCCAAACGCACACCCAUGCACGUGCAGUCGGACAAAAAUCGGACAGCGUGGACUUCUCCACCCAUGUGAAAGACUACUGAAUGAAGGAGCCUCGUCUCCCUCUCCUGUCCUCGCCAUCCCGUCCUCUCCUCUGUUUCCAUCCCUCAUUUCCUUUCUUCUUCUCUUUCGCACUGAACUCACAUUACAUCCCACCAUCUCUCUCUCUCUCUCUCUCUGUAGCUGUCGGGUCAUUUACAUAUAAAUGAAGCUGUUAAUGUUUAAUAGACGGGCAGCGCGCUGGCGUUUAUACUCACUCAUUCACUCCUUCAUUUCCCCUUUCUUUCGACUGUGCCGUUGCUCACAGUUCAAUGCAACAUGAAGAUUGUAAUUUACAUGGAGCUGUGCUCUUUUUUUCUCUCUUCUCUCUCUAUCUCUUUCUUUCUUUAGCUCGCUCGUUCACUUUGAUUCUUCUUCCUUUCUCUCCGUCUCUUGUGGCUAAAUUUAGAGCUCACUGUUGCGUAGAUGGAUAUUGAUUUCUAAUGGAGAAAAAAAAAAAAGUCACAUGUUGCUUUAUGCAGAGACUAUGUAUGAUAAAUAGAAUGACAGUCAAUCACCUCUCUUUCUUUCUUUCUUUCUUUCUCUCUCUACUCUCAUGUUAUUGUGUGUGUGCGUGCGCGCGUAGGAGAGGAAGAAGACUGUAAUUCACAUGAUUUAGAUACCAGAUGGUACAGCUGAAGGCCAGGCCUCAGUAUAUGUGUGUGUGUGUGUGUGUGUCUGAGUGUGUGUGUGUGUAAGCAAGGGAGACAACCCUUUAAACAGAGAAAAAUAUGAUUUACUGUGAAUGACACUAAGGCCUAAAGGGAGUGCUGUUUUUUGCUAACCUACUCUCCGUCUUGUUCCACUGUCUGCAUCGACUCCUGAUUAUUGUUGCUGUAAAACACGUGUGCAGUUGUGACCGAA